ACGUGGCGGCACACAGUCAAAAUACCAGUCUCACGCUAGUCGCUCGGCCUGGUAGUGUCCCUAAACCCGAUAUGUAGUCCGAUAGUCCGUUUGCGUUCGUGUGUGCCGUGUGUGUGUGUGUAUGUGUCGUGUGUCAUAAGUACACAUGUGUGUGUGUAUGUGUCGUGUGUCAUAGUACACAUGUGUGUGUGCAGCGCGCUCGCUCGCAUAACGUGUAGUAAUAUUUCAGUCGUCUAUUUAGAGUUUGUGUAGGGAAUAUAAAUAUUAUAUUUUUUUUUAUAUAAAUAAUAACAUAAUAUUAUUAUGUGCGCACGUUUUUGUUGUCAAUGACGUAAAAAAUAUCGUGUUUGAUCGGUCUGGGCCGUCCGGACGCCGCGGUCGACGUCGGCUUCACUCUCACUUCUUUCGAGUUUGACCCACAGACGCGAUAAUGACCGUUGUUUGUUCCUCUCUAACGUCCUGGGCACAAUGUCGUACGACUUCAAAAGGCAUGGAGGGCGACGGGACUUCCAGAGGGGUGAUAAGACCCGCCCCAGCUCAUAUCAGGACUAUUACGACGUCGGGUCAUAUUACCACCGUGCCUAACAUCGAAGGACAGACCAGGAAUGAGAGCAAUGCAGCAGACGCCAUGUCGCAGUUGAAAGUGCAACAACAGAGAGACUUUGGACAUGACGGGUUAUCUAGAAACUGUACUCCUGAUAAUACGGAAUGCGUACCGACGGAGGUGCUUAUGGACGGGUUCAACGAAAACGGCACGUCCGCUGCACACACUCCCGAGGAGGCCGCGUCGCCGGCCGAAUACCAAAAAGACCAUAGUCCACCCGCUGAAGCCAUCCGACUCCGGAGGAACGUAGACGGUACCGAAGUGAAUCUACAAGUACCGAUGGAAAAGUUGGCCACGUUCCACGGGUACGUCGCCACCACUGAAUUUCCCAACCAUAAUCAGAGAUAUCAGCGUAUCAGAUAUUUGGAGUACCGAGGACAGUCGCCUGAGGACGGCAGUGGUGUUGGUGGAGGUGGUUUUGAACAACCCCUGAUCAAGUACGAACAUCAUCAGCAACAGCAGCAGCAGCAGAGUAAAAUGGAUCCAAAUUCCAGUUACGUGACUUUGGAAUCGGUUACAGACGUCUAUCAACAGCAGCAGCAGCAGCAGCAGCAACAACAACAACAACAACAACAACAACAACAACAACAGCAGCAGCAACAACAGCAGCAGCAGCAACAACAACAACAACAGCAGAAUUACCAGCAACAGAACUCGUAUCAGACGUAUCAAACGUACGAAAGUGAACAACCAGUGACCGACAUAUUCAACAUAUAUGAGAAGGAAAGUCACGGCGGUGGUGGAGAUUACGGUGUAAAAGCCGGUCACCAGAAGGGUGGUUACGUUCAACAGACCCUGUUGCAGCAACAACAACAGCAGCAGCCCGAAUAUCAAGACGACGUCAACGGUGGCGGUGGAGGUGGUGGUGAGGGACAACCGGACUUCUGGGGACCCCACGAGCAACAAGUGGCUGAUUUCACGACGGCGGCAAACGAGACUAUGGCAGCAGCCAAUGCGCUGCAAAUUCAGGAAGUCGGACUUGGACCGCCGGACGGAAGCAUCCAGGUGACUCAGCAGUAUGCCAUUUUCCAGACCGGCAACCCCGGACCGUCGUGGAUCGACGAACACUACGAUCAGAACGGUAUCCUGAACGUGGACAUGAAGGAAUGCGUGAAUUGCGCGGCCAACGUGACGCCCCUGUGGCGGAGGGACGGCACGGGCCACCAUCUGUGCAACGCGUGCGGCUUGUACAACAGGAUCAACGGAGUGAAUCGGCCGCCGGUCAGGUCUGCGCAGAAGAAAACCACCCAGCAAACGGGGAACAAACGGUCCGGAGUGGCCUGUGCCAACUGCUCGACAAAUACGACGACUCUGUGGAGACGAAACAACAACGGAGAACCAGUGUGUAACGCUUGCGGUCUCUAUUUCAAAUUGCACAACGUCAAUAGGCCGUUGACGAUGAAGAAAGACGGCAUACAAACGAGAAAGAGGAAACCGAAGAACCCGUCCAUCGGUGGUUUCGCCCAAAACUCGUCGUCUAAAGAGAAAGGAGAAGUAACAACAAAACUCCUACUUCCUCACUUGUUUACUAAUUCUUCGGAUAACAAACAUCAACACGGACAUCUUGCUUACGAUACAGCUGUGAUGACAUCACAAGAACACUUCCUGCCUCAUGGUUCUCAAAUUCACAUCCCUUCAUUGCCCCCACCGCCAACAAACCUUAAUCGUCAUCUGCCUAAUAAUGGGCAAUCGAUGGAACAAUUGGGAUCUAGAGACAUGCUGACCACUGUGAUCACAUCUACCGGAAAUCAAAAUGUAAGAGACGAUUAAACACCAAUCAGUAUACAAUUUAUAUUUGAAAUCAAUGCAAUACUUUUGUGAACAUACAAUGUAAUUUUGUUCAAUUUAGUUUUACCGUAUAGAAUAUUUGUUGAUUUACAAAUUUAUAUAGUAGUGAUCUAUAAAAUGUUAUACAAACAUAGUAUGUUAUAAUACUUAUAACACACAAUGUGAUCAUGCACUGUAAAGUGAUAAUGGAUGAUAAUUAUAUUUUAUAAUACCUUACACGAAUUUAUGAGGAAAAAAAUAUAGCUAAUUGUUUGUUUUAUUUAAUAUAUUUACCUAUGUGUAUUCCUUUAACUAGUUCAUAUGCUUAGAAUAAGUUAUCUUUAAAUGAACAAUAUAUAGUUAGUUAUAAAUGUAUUAAUAAAAUUAAAUAAUUUUAUAAAUAAUAACUUAACUAUAGAUUACGAAAAAUAAUAUUUCAACAUCAACAAAACUCGAUUUGAAAACUGUGAAAUAUUUACAGUAGGGACCAUUAAAAAUAUAUUUAUUAUU